AUGCCGCAACAUGAUCCAGAAAUAAUGUUCCUCGGUAGAGGUCACUCCCUGACGGAUGUCGACAACGACGAGGUCGACCUCACUGGACGAAGGAUGAAGAGCAACCGAGAGACGGUCAAUUUUAGGUCGAGUAACGACAUAUCAAGCACCAUCAAUCCAAGGAUAUCAAACAUCCAGACUCCCUUGCGUUCGAAACGGCCAUCUGAACCUGUCGCCUCUGGUUCGAGAAAGCACCCAAGGUCCACAACUACACCGUUGCCCGGGGCAGAAGGGUCCAAGGACAGACCUUUUCUCUUAUUGAGCGACGACGACGACGAACUACCAGCAUUCAUCAAGUCCCAGUCGCCUGCAAAAUCCGUUGUGGCCUCAAGUUCUCAUCGUCAGAAACACACACCCCAGCCUUCCUCCUCAUCGCACCACAAAGCCUCCCGACUUACCAAGCGACCAACGGCACCAGCGAAACAUCUGAAACACGUUGCAAAGUCUAUUCUGCCUUCACAAGACGAUUUCAGCAGCCUCUCCCCGCAUACACCAAGAAAGUCAUCGAUAAGGAUUGUUGUGCAUCAGAAAUGGUCUGAUCAGCCAUCGUCGCACCGUCAAUCGAACGAACUAGAUAAUGUUGAAGACGAGUAUGUCAAGGGGACGUGGGCGAAUCAGAACAUAUGGCAUCAAAUCCCAUUUAAAGCAGGAGGAGAGGAAUCCGCUAUUUCUCAACCCUUUACCAACCUCGAGUCAGCGUCAAAGAAGUUGCCUCCCUGCGAACGGCGUCUGCGUCUAACGAACCGACCAUAUCAACCUCAAGUCGUUCCUCGUGCGCCACCAAACGAAAGACAAUAUAUUUGGGACAUGCUAAACGAUACGGGGAUAGUAUUUCCUUCACAACGUGUGUCACAUCCACACAACUUUGUCCUUGAAGGGCAAGGUCCUGCUAGAUACAGUUUGCCUCAUAGAAGCAUUACACAGAGGUGGGAAUACGCUGCGGCCGGACCUAUCAAUAAGAUUAUCCAAUACAAGGGCUGUAUUGCCGCUUGCAGUGCUACAGCUGGUGGAAGCGCCAGAGAGACGGACUGCACAUAUAACAAGAAUGGCGCGCUGCUUUUGUGGUGUCAAGAUAGACGUAUAACGUUGAAGACAAAGUGUGAGCCAGGUGAGGAAGACGAAGGGAACGGUGAACACACUGAGCAUUAUUGGCCAUGGGGUCACAACGGUUUCAAGAGGGUGCUUGAGGACAAGGAUGAAAAAUCGGAAGGUGGACGGAUCGAAUAUGAGUACAGUAACGAUCCCCAUUGUUCGGCCAGAGAUGGUUGGAGACCAAAAUAUCUGUACAAAUAUUUUUCCGUCAACGACAUCGCGUUUGAUGCCAAAAGUCAACGUUUUGCAUCUUCUGGAGAGGACAAAAAUGUACGUUUUUGGCAGUUCAGCCCGGACAUACCAGGAAAUAGCUGCGAACAGAUAUUUCACUACGACCAUACACGUGUAACCCAUGACAUCGCUUUCAACCCUUAUUCACUCACCCCCGAUCUCGCAGUUGCCUCUAGUAAAUUAUGUAUCUACACGGACAUUUUCUCUGAUUCUCGUCGACAUGAAGAGCUAUCAAUUGCGGAUAGACAACCAGGUCGUCAUUCAGUCGGUGCAUUUGUUUGGGGGAGGGGUCCGACGGCCAAUUCCAUCUUUGCCUCGUCCGAACCGCUCAGUAAGUCCAUAGCCGGUGUUGGUUACCAUAAGGCAUGGAAUCCGUAUGAGGACCCUGAUCCUAUCUAUAAUUUUGACGACGCCCAGGAAGCGGGAGAUGCAAUGACGAUCAAUUCAGAAGGAUCAUGGCUAGCGCUUUUCACAGCUGGUGAACCCGAGAAACAUCUUCGACUUUAUGAUAUUCGCAAUCGCUGCAAUAGAGCCUCUAAACAUAUUUUUCUUGAUCAACCUAAAGCUGGUAGACCUGAUCUAGAGGUCAAUUGCGCAUCCUUCAGCCCGAAUGAUCGUUUCUUGGCCGUGUCUAGGAAUGACAAUAAGACACAGGUUUACGAUCUUCGAAUGCUAGAUAAAGGAGUCAUGGAGGAAUUUGAACAUCAGGAUGAAUGCAAGGUUACGCCCGGCAAUGUUUCUUUCGGUAUUGUUCAUUCGGAGUGGGUGACACUGAAGUCGAAUGGCCGCAUGGGAUUAAUUACAGGUGGCGAAGAUGGGAUGGUGCGUAUGUGGGAUCCCACAGUCUCUUCCAAUAAUGGUACCGUUCUCGUUGAGAUGAACUCCGACAUCGCUUACUUCAGUAUCGGCGACCGAUUGAAGGGAGAGUAUGAUUUAGUAGUAGGCGAUGCCCAGGGUAUAAUUUCGGUGUUUGAUACCCAUGCUGGGUAUUUUGAAAAGAUCGAAACGAUUUAA